AUGAGAAAAAAGGUGGCCUUUUCGUUGGUACAUAUAUUCAGCCAACAUUCAGUCAUGUGGAAGGGUAUUUGGUUGGCUCUUCUUUUAUACAUAGCUUUAGCUAAGGCGUUCUCUUUACCUGGUGUAUCCCCUACCACAUAUCAUGCUAACGAUGAAAUCCCACUUCUGGUUAAUCGUUUGACCCCAUCAAUUUACUUUCAGCAUAAAGAUGAGAAUGGUAAGGAUGUUUCAAGUGAUAAAGAGCAUUUUCUUUAUUCCUAUGAUUACUAUAAUGAAAAAUUUCAUUUUUGUAAACCAGAGCAUGUUGAGAAACAGCCUGAGUCGCUAGGUUCAGUCAUAUUUGGUGAUAGAAUUUACAAUUCUCCGUUCCAAUUGAAGAUGCUAGAGGAUAAAGAAUGUGUCGCUCUUUGUAAAAAUACAAUUCCAGGGGAAGAUGCCAAGUUCAUUAAUACGUUGAUUAAAAAUGGGUUUUUCCAAAACUGGCUCGUUGAUGGAUUGCCAGCAGCAAGGAACGUUUACGAUAGCAGAACAAAGACAAAUUAUUACGGCACGGGAUUCAAUUUGGGCUUUACAGAUGUCAAACAAACUGUCGGCGGUAAAAUAAUCCCUAGUACAAUGGAAGAAUUGGAUUCAGAGGACUCCGAAACAGGCGCUACAUUAGAUGCCAGAGAGCCUAAAAACAUAAAGCCUCAUCUGGUUCAAACUAUAGAAUUACCAUAUUUCGUCAAUCAUUUUGACAUUCAAGUGGAGUAUCAUGAUCGUAGCAACGGCAAUUACCGUGUUGUCGGCGUUACUGUGAACCCUGUAUCCAUUGAAAGAUCCUCACCCGGCACCUGUUCUACAACAGGUGAGUCUUUAACGCUAAUCGAAGAUAAAGAUAAUGACGUGUAUUUUACCUACUCCGUCAAAUUCAUUGCUUCUGAUACAGUUUGGGCUACAAGAUGGGACAAGUAUCUACAUAUUUAUGAUCCGCAAAUUCAAUGGUUUUCUUUAAUUAAUUUCUCCAUCAUCGUCAUUUUACUAUCAUCUGUGGUUAUUCAUUCUAUACUUCGGGCUGUGAAGAGUGAUUUUGCCCGUUAUAACGAACUUCACCUAGAUAAUGAAUUUCAUGAGGAUACUGGUUGGAAAUUAGGUCAUGGUGAUGUAUUUAGAACACCAUCUAAAUCAAUGGUGUUAUCUGUGCUCGUGGGUUCAGGUAUUCAAUUAUUUCUGAUGAUCAUAUGUAGCAUUUUCUUUGCUGCAUUAGGCCUCGUAUCACCAGCUUCAAGAGGCUCUUUGCCAACCGUGAUGUUUGUUCUUUACGCAUUAUUCGGCUUUGUAGGUUCUUAUACUUCCAUGGGUGUCUAUAAGUUUUUCCAUGGACCUUAUUGGAAGGCUAAUUUGAUAAUUACACCAAUCCUGCUUCCUGGCGCAAUUUUUCUAUUAAUAGUAGCAAUGAACUUCUUCUUAUUAUCUGCGCAGUCCUCGGGUGUGAUCCCAGCAAGAACGCUGUUUUUCAUAAUCUUCCUAUGGUUUUCGGUGUCUAUUCCAUUGUCGUUUGCUGGUUCAUAUAUUGCCUACAAAAAGUGUAACUGGGAUGAACAUCCAACAAAAACAAACCAGAUUGCUCGACAAAGUCCAUUUCAGCCUUGGUACUUAAGGACAACACAGGCAACCCUUAUUGCAGGCAUUUUCUCUUUUGGUUCAAUAGCCGUUGAAUUAUAUUUCAUUUACUCCAGUUUAUGGUUCAACAAGAUUUUUUGUAUGUUUGGUUUUCUACUCUUUUCAUUUUUGUUGCUGACUUUAACAACCUCAUUGGUAACUAUUUUCAUUACGUAUCAUUCAUUAUGUUUGGAAAAUUGGUUGUGGCAGUGGAGGAGUUUUAUUAUUGGUGGUUUGGGAUGUUCAGUUUAUAUGUUCAUCCAUGCAAUAUUAUUUACAAAAUUCAAACUCGGUGGAUUCGUCACAAUCAUACUGUAUGUUGGAUAUUCAUUUAUGAUAUCUGUGCUAUGUUGCGUUGUCACAGGGGCGAUCGGCUUUUUCAGUAGCAUGAUAUUCAUUAGAAAGAUUUAUUCUAGAGUUAAAGUCGAGUGA